CAAGGAAGCGGUGACGAGGAAGGGAGCGUGCACGAGCUUCUCCAACUCAAGAGGAGUGGAAACGGAUCGAUAAUCAGAUCGAUCACCAUUCAAGUCUCUGAGCUCGACCCUGCAGCGAGCAGCUCAGCGGGAGGUGUCGGUGCCUGAGACCGGCUGGAGAUGAAGACAUCGCGGCUGCUGCUGCUGCUGCUGCUGCUCCUGGCAGGAGUUUGCAUCUACGGAUACAAGCCUGUUGUCAUCGUGCACGGGAUCUUUGAUGGACCGAAGCAGUUCAAAACUCUGUCUCUGUUCAUAUCCAAGGUGCAUCCAGGUACCGAGGUGUCAGUGAUCGACUUGUACAACAACGUGGCCAGUCUGAAGCCCAUGUGGAGGCAGGUCCAAGACUUCAGGAAAGCCAUCGAGUCCAUCGUGAGCAGGGCUCCCGAUGGCAUCCAUCUUCUGUGCUUCUCACAAGGUGGAUUGAUUUGUCGAGCUGUUCUCUCCACGACUCCAGACCACAACGUGCACACCUUCAUCUCACUGUCGUCGCCUCAGGCCGGGCAAUAUGGAGACACUAGUUACCUGCGGUGGCUGUUUCCUGAGUACAUAAAGAAGACUGUGUUUAGAAUCUGCUACAGGAGACUGGGACAGAAAGUUUCCUUCUGCGAAUACUGGAACGACCCUCACCACAGGCCCCAGUACCUGCAGAGCAACAACUUCCUGCCGAUGCUAAACGGUGACAGACCUCACAGCAACCUGAAAGCAUGGAGGGAAAACUUUCUACGCAUCAAGAAGCUUGUGCUGAUUGGAGGACCGGACGAUGGCGUCAUCACACCGUGGGAGUCCAGCCAGUUUGGAUUCUAUGACAGCGACGAGCAUGUUGUGGAAAUGAGGAAGCAGGAGUUUUACAGGAAUGACACGUUUGGCCUGAAGACGCUGGACGCUCGCGGCGGCGUGUCGACGUGUGUUCAGUCCGGAGUGAAGCACGUCCACUGGCACAACAACUACACAGUGUUCAGCAACUGCAUCGAGAAGUGGCUCACGUGAGGAGACGUGGUCUGCAGCGUGUGAGAGAUGUUAACGCAACAUAUCAUUGACCUGAAAUAGACAAUUUGAUCAACACUGGUUACACAUGAAGACACUGUGAUGUCUGUGGUGUGCAGAAAACUGGUGAUGCUAAGAACAAGUGUCUAUAGAACAACAGAGCUGAUGGUAUGACUGUAAACUAACCACAUAGACAUAAAGUAACUAAGACUAACUUCAGUGUGAUUUUGCAUGUACAGCAAUACGAUAGCAUCAUGAAUAGUUUUUUUUUUGCCCCUUAUGAAAAUGGGGACAGAUAUACGAGACAACAUUUCUAUAACUAUUAUGUUUGCUUUAUAGAUUAUAAGGGAUCCUUUAUCUAUGAAGCAUUCAAAAAGUCCAAUUAAGCAUUUUUUUAAAUACUGAGAGUAUAUGUGCAGUUGUUAUGUUGUAAAUAUAUAAUUUAUCACGUUUUCAGACGAAACUAAGACGAAUUAGCUCAGGUUUGUGUUCAGACUCUAUUUGAAUCUUAUAUUAAAUUAAACUUAUAAAAACUAAUUUAAAUUUAGCAAAUACCUGCUGAGUUUUUUGCCUUCCUCUGAGAGAAGAAAACCAAAACUCUCAUCAUAGAGAUGCCCUCAAAUCUUCUUUUACAUUUCUGUUAUAUAAGUAUAUACCAUUACAAUACUCUGAGGAGUUCACACUGUAAAUCAUGCACUGUGGCACAACCGGAGCAAUACAAAUCCAAUCACUGCCCACUAGUGGAAGUCUGUGGUACACUAGUGUAAUUAAAUUCAAGCUCUGUCACACAAAAGAAGAAAAGAAAGGAAGAUUUUAAAGUCUGUUACUCUUCUGCCCCAGAUAUGAAAUGAUUGAGAGUCUGAACCUACGCUGAGCAGACGAGUCAUGUGUUUUAAUAGAAGACCGAAAAUGUUGUUUCUAAAAGGGACAUUGUGAGAAAUAAGGAGGUUUUGUUUGUGCCCCUGUUUGUGAGCAAGAUUGUGAGAAGGGCAAAGAAAAAAACAUUUCAUUUUAGAUACAGAGAGAAACAUUAACAAUUUCCCAGGGAGUGACUCAUGGAUCGAGAUGAAAGACAUGAGGCAUAUUUAGGGAACUGAUAUCUAUGAGUGUGUGAGAUUUGGCGCAGCUUGGUUGAAUUUACGUGGACUGUUGGGCUCUACUGUCAUUUCUGUUGUUCCCACCUGUGAAACAAGAUGUUUACCACAGCACAUGUGGUGUUGGAGUGUCACCAUCACCCUGUCUGACUGUCCCUCUGCAGCUUGGUGUGAAACAGUGGAUCAUUGUCUGAUCAAAGUACUUUGUGUUGCAUUACGUGAUCCACUGUGAGGUGUGUUAGUGCAAUAACGCAAAACUACAAGCACCAUUAAAGUUUUUAUACGAUCCAACAGGCCCACCAAGUUGCAGCCUGAAAACUGCGGCUGCACAAAAUAAGUAACUGAACAUUUUGAUAAUAAAAGGUAUUUGUGA